CGCGGCCUCGCCGCCGCCGGGCCCCGGCGCGCCCGCCGGCCGCCCCCGCGCGGCCCCCGGGCCCCGGCGCGGCGCGGGCGGCAGCAUGGUGGAGAAGCGCUGCCCGCUGCAGAGGGACGGCGUGUACCGCUGGUUCUCGGAGCUGCCGUCGCCGCAGCGCGUGGAGUUCCUGUGCGGCCUGCUGGACCUGUGCAUCCCGCUCGAGCUGCGCUUCCUGGGCUCGUGCCUCGAGGACCUGGCGCGCAAGGACUACCACUCGCUGCGGGACUCGGAGAUCAAGGCCAACAACCCGGCCGACCUGGGCAGCCUCACCAACCUGACGGACGAGGUGGUGCGCAGCAAGCUGCUGGUGUCGCUGGCGCUGCUGGGCUCGGAGCAGCGCGAGGCGGCGGGCGUGCUGUACCGCACGCUCACGCACAUCGACUCCAUCAUCCACAACUACGGGCUGCAGCUCAACGAGGGCCGCACGGGCGAUGAGUUCCUGCUGCUCUUCACCAUGGCCUCCAACCACCCGGCCUUCAGCUUCCACCAGAAGCAGGUGCUGCGCCAGGAGCUCACGCAGAUCCAGAGCAGCCUGAGCGGCGGCGGCGGCGGCGGCAAGAGCGCGCCCGCCUGCCCGGCCUGCCACAAGGUGCGUGCGCGCCGGCCUCGCGGCCGGGCCCCGGGGCCGGGCGGGCGCGCGCGCGCCGGCCUCGCUCCCGCCUUCUCCCGGUCCGGGAAGGGACGGAGUGCGGGCGCCGGAACCGGGGCGGGGGCCGGGCCCGCGGGAGCGCUGCGUGCGGUGAAGGCGGUGCACGCGUGUGCGGGAGUGCUGCGUGUGAUGAAGCUGUGUGCGCUGUGUGACGAAGGUGUGCGCACACACGUGCGCUGUGUGACGAAGGUGUGCACACAUACGUGUGCUGUGCUGUGAAGGUGCGUACACACGUGUGCUGUGAAGGUGCGCACACACGUGUGCUGUGUGACGAAGGUGUGCACAUGUGUGUGCGUGAGCGUGCUGUGUGGUGAAGGCGUGAGCAUGUGCACGUGUGUGUGAGCGAGUGAUGUCAGAGCCAGGCUGCUGUGGGCACAAAUGGCGUUCAAGCCCUGGGGUCGGCGGCCGGGCCGGCCCGAGGAAGCCGGAAGGGCCCGCGGGCUCCGUGUGGAAACGUGAACUUUGAGUGUUGCACAACUGUGUCAACACCGAGGGCUUGGGGUCAGCCUCUCCCCAGCGCCCGGGAGCCCAGCACGGGAAUGGUCUGUGUGAGGCUGGCUCGUGGGCUCGUGGGGACGUGGGGACGCGGGGACGCUGUCGGCACGCGAGAGCCCCGGCUGGAGUGGCGUGGUGUGGCGCUGCCUGGGCCGCGGCGUGGAGCCUGCGUGGGUUUCUCACGGGUGUCUCUGGGUGACGUGGCCCAGGACUGCGGUUUUCUCUUCAUUCAGUUGAGUUCCUUCUAGAUUCCAUCUUGUGUGAUGGCAGAGACACGUUCCUCUGCAAACAGGAGCCGGGUCCUGGGAGCGGAGCUGCUGUUAGGAGCAGUGGGCGCGCGGCCCUGGGUCGGUCCCGCGUGCCAGGGCUCCAUCCCCAGCAGAAGUGUCACGUGGAGGAGGCUUUGGUGAGGCGCAGGGGCUGCUCAGUCUCUGGCCCCAUGCCCUUGGGGGCCGCGGGCAGCACGGUCUCCAGCGGUGUGACCUUGGGGGGGUGCGGUGCCCCUACUCUGAGGGCUGGGAGGGCGCAAGCAGAGCGUCCCGCUGGCACGCAGCCGAGCCGGCUUCCCCCGGUGGCCACGCUGGCUUCCACGUCUGUUUUAUGCAGUGUUUAUGUCGUGGCCGUGAGAUUAAUUUUGGAGUGUUGACUUGAGGCUGCCAGGUUUUUGGUUUGUCUUUGGAAAAUGUGGAGAGCCUCGUUUGUGGGCGCCCUGCUCGGUUCAGUGGAACUUCCUGCCUUUGCUGCCUUCAGGCGAAGGCUUGACGGCUGGGCCGGCGACUCGGGCGCGCUGCCCCUGCAGAGCUGCCUCCUGCACACCUGCGCCUCUGAGCGCAGGGACUUCGUGUUUCUGUGUUGAAGAUGUCCGUGACUUUAAAAGUUUUCGCUAUUUAAAAUUUUUUUUUAUUUAUAGCUUUGUGAAAUAGUUAUCAUUUGCAGUUGCUUCUCCAAACCCUGUUUUUCCGCUGUUGUUUAAUUAGAAAGAGAGAGAGUGCGAGCGAGCGAGCGAGCGAAUGCACACUUCCUCCCGCUGGGUCGCUCCCCAGAUGGCUGCCGUGGUGAAGCCGGGGCCACGAGCUUGAUCCCUGUCUCCACGUGGGUGGCACAGACCUGGGUGGCCCAAGGUCCACAUCCGUAGGAAGCGGGAGUCGGAGCCAGUCGGGCACCUGCGCCAGGCUCCGGUGUGUGGGCAGCGGGUGUGUUCACUGCUAAGCUAAGUGCCCAGUCCUGUUCUCGUUUUAAAAUUCUUACUGCUCUAAGACCUUGAGUCUCGGGACGGGAAGUGAGGAGUGAAGCGGGCAUUUUACUUGGAGGAGGGGCUGUCCACGGUGGCAAGGGUGGCGAGUGCUGCGUGUCGGCUGCUGGGCACAGGCGAUGCUGUGGGCUGGCGGCUGUGCCGGGGGCUGUCCCGUCGGCAGGCUGUGGUGUGUGCACGUGAGUCGUCUUUGUCUACUGAGGCUUCACGGAGCUGCAGCUCCCGAGCUGUGCAGGGCACCCUUCUCCAAGGCUGUGCACCUGCUGCUGACGUCUGACUCAGCGUGCUCGUCACCACGAGAGACGCCCCCUCCGCGGCUGCCGGCCGCGAGCGCCCUGCGACCCCUCGGCCGCCCCCUUGUCCCGGGGUUUGCCUUUUCUGGACGUUGCCGCAGAUGGCACCUGUGUAGCCGCUCAGAACCAUGGUCCCAGCGCUCCUCGGGGCAGCGUGUGUGAACCUGAAUCUUCUUCGUGGCUGAGUAAUGCUCCAUCACAUGCGCAGACCCUGGGCUGUUUAUCCAUCCGUCAGUGGGUGGACAGCUGGGUUUCAAAUGCAUCUGCUUCAUUGUCACUAUGCUUGUCCCCGGGGACCUCCUAGCCGCGUGCGCACAGCCCUGCAGACUGGGGGUCUCGGGGCCGUGGGGCUUGGUCACACAGGUACACGUGGCUGACCUCUGGGUCUCAGCACCCACCCCGCCCAUGUGGGUGGUGGCAGAAGCGCUGCUCGGGGCUGGCCUUUGCUCUGGGUGAGGCUGGGGUGUGCAGGGCAGGGUGGAGGUGGGUGUCUUCCUCUGGUGCGUGUCCUGUGCUGCAGCUCUGCGGUCACCUGCUGUGUCUACACGCGGCUGCCUGGAGUGGGCGCUGGGGAGACUUGGGGUCCACACUGAACUGAGAAUGAGUCUGUUGGUGCUUUCUGUAAGUGUGCAAAGUCGCCACGAUUCAGGAGCCCAGACGUCGGCCCCGGGGUGGUGGUGUCGGGGUGAGUGGCUUUGCCUUCCACACACUGACCCUAACCUGGCAUGCCCCAUGGCAGAACUGGUCUGGAGUGGCUCCUGCUGUCUCCCAGGGCCCUGCCGCCUGUCCUCAUGUGUGGUUCCCACGCCACGCAUGUCUGUGUGUGAAGGGCAGGACUCACAGGCUUGGGGAUGUGGGUGCGGCCAGAGUUGCUCUUUGGCCUGUGUCUGCUGGGCAGUGGCUUGGCCUGUGCGGCUCUGCCUUCCUCCUGCCCUUUGCCCUCUAAACCAAGGCUGUCCGCUUCCACCUGGGCCAGCUCACGUGUGUCUCAUUCAACUCGCUGGGCAUUGGUGUUCCUGUGUUACCUUCUCUUGCGGGGUGCAGUGUGGCAGUUGGCCAACCCACGGCGGAUGAGCACCGCCGUCCCCCGGGUGCUGCUGUGUCUGAGCGCGUGCUGACCUGGGCCUCCUGUGAGUUGUGCUCUCCUUGUCCUCUGCCCUUCGGCCAUCUUCUUUUUUGAUUAAGGCAAUGUUGGGAUUAAUGCAUAUUUUUCCAACAAAUUUGUGUACGAAUCUCCAGGCUGUCGUGUGCAUCUGUGGGACUGGUGACUGCCGACCUCGGAGACUGACAGGAUUGACAGAGGAUUGGUUUUGCCGGGGAGCAGUGAUGGCCACUGCAGGCCUCUUCCCCAGCAGAAAUGGAGCCGGGACAGGCCUUUCCUCACUGUGGGUGAGAACAGACGGAAGGUCGUGAGCUGGUUUGUUGAAGGGUUUCUGACUGUGCACUUUAACCUCGACAUAGGCAGUUUAGAAAUCUAGUUUUAGCCGGCGCCGUGGCUCACUAGGCUAAUCCUCCCCUUGCGGCGCCGGCACAGCGGGUUCUAGUCCCGGUCGGGGCACCUGAUUCUGUCCCAGUUGCCCCUCUUCCAGGCCAGCUCCCUGCUUGGGCCCUGCACCCCAUAGGAGACCAGGAUAAGCACCUGGCUGCUGCCUUCGGAUAGGCGCGGUGCGCUGGCCGUGGCGGCCACUGGAGGGUGAACCAACAGCAAAAGAAAGACCUUUCUCUCUGUCUCUGUCUCUCACUGUCCACUCUGCCUGUCAAAAAAAAAGUAUAGUUUUGACUCAGUACUUUCCCCCUCCAGCCUCUAAGUUUUUUUUUUUUUCUUUUUUCUUUUUGACAGGCAUAGUGGACAGUGAGAGAGAGA